UGGGGCGUGCUCGCUCCCUGCACUGGGCGGUAGCACUCUACCCCCCGCCCCCCGUGACGUGAGGCGCGUGCACGGCGCCCCGCCUCCGCCAGUCGGGCUCAGCCUGCGUGUCGUUCGCUUGCAGCGGGGCUGCGAGGGGUUUUUGUCUGGAGCGGCGCGUGUUUUUCCCGUUCAUUUUUUUUUCUUGGUUCCGAGCCCCGGAGACCCCGCAGGACGUGGCCUCGCAGGUAGUCUCUCUGUGGAGCCACCGCCCCGCCGAGGACUUUUCUUUUUUUUUUUUUUAUACUUUUAACGUGUUUCGUCUGCCGGGCCUUUUCCGUGUGAAGUUCGGGGACCCGGAGUGUUCGACGUCGCUCUCCCGGUAAGGCCCGGAAGCCGGAGUUUCCUGUUAACCCGAUAAAUGCUGUUUAUGAGGAUGGAUCUGCUGAACUAUCAGUAUCUGGACAAGAUGAACAACAACAUCGGGAUCCUGCGCUACGACGGGGAAGCAGCGUUACGCAGUGAGCCCCGAAUGCAGUCCCUGCCGAUGUCCGCAGCUCUGACCAAUCACCGGACGGGCCCUCCGCCGAUCAGCCCGAGCAAGAGGAAGUUCAGCAUGGAGCACGGAGACGACGACCUCGACUGUGAACCCGACCACGUCUCCAAAAUGAGCCGGAUGUUCCCACCGCACCUCUCCAAGAGUCUUAAUGGGGAUUUCCGUAAAGAGGGGAGAGAGCGAAGCCGGAGCCCCGUAGAGCGCGCCGUGGCGCCCACCAUGACGUUACACGGCAGCCAUUUGUACGCCUCGAUCCCCGGCCUCGGCAUGGAUCAACCCCUCGCUCUGACCAAAAACAGCUCGGACGCAUCGAGAGGCGCCAUGAUACCGCCAUCCCUGUCCCCGGUGGAGCGACAGCAGAAUCGGCCGUCGGUGAUCACCUGCGCGCCUCCGAGCAACCGCAACUGUAACCUCUCUCACUGCCCCGUGGCCCACAACGGCUGCGUCUCCGCCGCGCCCACCAGCUUCCGGCGGCUCUCAAACGCUACUACUGCCUGUGACCCCGUGGUGGAGGAACACUUCCGCAGAAGCCUCGGGAAGAAUUACAAGGAGCCCGAGCCCGUGGCAAACUCCGUGUCCAUCACCGGCUCCGUGGAUGAUCACUUCGCCAAGGCCCUGGGAGAUACUUGGCUCCAGAUCAAGGCUGCCAAGGACAGCGUGUCCGGCAGCCCCGAGUCGGCGUCACGGAGGGGCCAGUCCUCGCCGUCUUCUCACAUGGUCAACCACAACCAGUCCCCCUCCGUGCUGUCGUAG